CCAAUUUAAAAAAAUCUUUAAAAUUUAUACCUAGUCUUAUUAUUGAAUUUACUGCUAAUGGUUCUAGAAAUAUCUUGAAUGAUAGUUUUGAAAGUACCUUAUAUUCCUUUUUCUAUACCCUUUUGUAUUGUAUGUGUAAAAAUUGGCAAAUAAAUACACUCGACGAUAUGAACCCAAAAACUUAACUUUACAUAUUUGUUUCCUAUUUACAGUUUUUCUUCCUUAUGGUCACAUUUAUCAGUAUGAUUUUUGCAAGUCCGCUACCCUACGAAGACGAUCAAGAAUCUGCACCAUCAGAACAUAAUGGUAGAGUACAAAUAAAAGUCUUCAGAGGACCCACAGAGCACGACGGUCAUGAUCAUUUCGCACCUUGGGGUUAUUGGGUCAAACAACCAGGAGAUGAUCACCAUUAGUAUAGUUUAUUGUUAUCUUAUUUGUGUUUUUUUUGUUUUUUCUAAAUACAUUUUUUAUAUUUUAUUAUUUUUUAGUUAUGAUAUAGUCUUAUACUAAAUAUAUUCGUUAACUUUGGUGAUCCAAAAUGAUCAAAUUCUUCUAAACAGACUAUCGAAAAUAUACCGCCUUUACCAGGUAGGCCAGGGCAAUUAAAUUUUUUCGUAACAUAAAAUUUAACAGCAAACUAUCGAUGCAGUAUUGUUAAGGAACAUUUAUAGAUGCUAAAAACCAAAAAUUCAACAUCUA